GAGAGGGUGAUGUAUAAGAUACGAUUGGCCAGGAAAAACCUUUCGGGGACCAAGAUCACCUUGCAGGAAGCCCCAGAUUUCAGAUCCCUGCGAAAAGUCACAUUGCGAGAAGUUCCUUUCCAAAGACGACAUCCAGGCAGCGCACGACACACCACCCAGGAGGACAGUCGGGUCAGAGCGCAGGAUCACACUGCGGCGCGGGACACCGAACUCACCUGGUCUCUUUAACAAGUCCUCCAAGACUCUGAUGACCAGAUUUGUUACGGAGAAACGGAGGAUGUCAGAAACGGGGGCUGGCAGCCUGUUUGCCUGCAUUAUUCUGCUGUGUGCCUCCAGCAUUGCCCAGACUGCUGAAACCCUGAUGAAACUGGAAGUUCGGGAACUGCUUACAGUGCCAUGUAACCAGGAUAUAGACCUGGAUUGUAACAUCAUCUCAUUCAGAGAGCCUGUUGUCAACAGCAUGAGCUGGCAGCAUCAUGUUGCAAAGCCACGGUGCAUAGUGAAUGACACGAAGCCCGCAGACGGACCCCAGUGCACCUACACGAAGGGCAAGCAACUGGUGCUCCACCUGCAUAGCGUGACUCCAGCCAUGGAGGGCGAGUACACCUGCAAGAUACUGUCCAACCAAGGUAUAAAGUCUGCCACUUCUAUCAUCAAGCUAGAAGAAUGCUACAGCCAGGGGUCAUGGUCAUCAUCUGGCACAGAGCUGACCUGCUGGUUCCCUGGCGUCUACCCUGAAGGGACUAUUCACUGGUUUUCUGAAGGCAGAAAUGUAACGGAGGAUGCAGUGAUGGCAAUCAGCCGGGUGGACAGGAAGGGCCUAUUCAAUGUGUCCAGCACACUUCAUGACGCUCGGUCAGGGGGGCUUUACACAUGCACCCUGUGGAUCCCCAGCACGGGGAGAACCCUGGGAGAGGUCCACAUGGAAAAGAUCCAGGCAGCUGAGAUCUCCUGGAACACACAACUGGCCAGUGGUGGAGGUGUUGGUCUUGGCCAGCAGUUGCCGAGCAUCCUACUGCUGGUCAGCAUCCUGAUGGUGUAAGAGGUGUGAUGAACAAGGCCGUGUCACCUGGCACAGGUUUCAGACUACACCGCCAAAACAUAUCAGAACCGACCCUGCUCUCAUCACUUGACAGCAUUUGUCCCUUUAAUCCACUUAAUUCUUGCGCUGAAUUCAACUGACUGUAUUCCUACAGCUUAACCCUACACUACUGUAUAUUUUUCAGUAUAUAAAAAUAU